AUGGCCACAGCUCUGGAUGGCACCAAGGUUAAUGCCGCGAAGGCAUUUAAGAUCGCCGGCAUCCAACAUGGCUUCUUCGAGCUGCAGCCCAAGGAAGGCCUUGCAAUGAUGAACAACACGGCGGUGGGCUCAGGGCUUGCGUCCAUGGUGCUUUUCGAGGCUAACAUCUUUGGUCUCCUUGUCGAGGUCCUGUCAGCCGUCUUCUGUGAGGUCAUGAACGGCAACCCAGAGUACACAGACCGCUUGACCCACAAGAUGAAGCACCACCCCGGACAGAUCAAGGCCGCCGCCAUCAUGGAGCACAUUCUUGAAGGCAGCUCCUACAUGAUGCUCAGGAAGAAGCUCGACGAGCUUGAAACACUGAUGAAGCCCAAGCAAGAUAGGUAUGUACUCCGCACAUCACCGCAGUGGCUUGGUCCUCAGAUUGAGGUCAUUCGUGCUGCCACCAAGUCGAUUGAGCGGGAGAUCAACUCUGUCCACAACAACCCACUCAUCGAUGUCUCUCGUGGCAAGGCUAUCCAUGGUGGAAACUUCCAGGGCACACCCAUCAGUGUGUCCAUGGACAACACCGGGUUUUCCAUUGCCGCAAUAGGCAAGCUCAUGUUUGCCCAGUUCUCAGAGCUAGUGAACGACUUCUACAACAAUGGUUUGCCUUCCAACCUCUCCGGCGGGCGUAACCUAAGCUUGGACUAUGGCUUCAAGGGUGCCGAGAUUGCGAUGGCCUCAUACUGCUCCGAGCUCCAAUUCUUGGGAAACCCUGUGACCAACCAUGUCCAGAGCGCAAAGCAACACAACCAAGGUGUCAACUCUCUCGGUCUCAUCUCCUCCAGGAAGACUGCCGAGGCCAUUGAGAUAUUGAAGCUCAUGUCCUCGACAUUCUUGGUUGCAUUGUGUCAGGCUAUAGACCUCCGCCACCUCGAGGAGAAUGUCAAGAAUGUUGUCAAGAGUUGUGUGAAGAUGGUGGCUAGGAAGACACUGGUCACCAACAACAAUGGUCAUCUCCACAAUGCGUGCUUUUGCGAGAAGGACUUGCUGCUCACAGUCGAUCGUGAGGCGGUCUUCGCGUAUGCAGAUGACCCUUGCAGCGCCAACUACCCAUUAAUGCAGAAUAUGCGUGCAAACAUCGUCGAGAAUGCCUUGGCCAAUUGUGAGGCCGAGCGCGAUGUGGAGACAUCAGUGUUUGCUAAACUUGCCAUGUUCGAGCAAGAGCUCCGUAUAGUGCUGCCAAAGGAGGUUGAGGCUGCCCGGAGUGCCGUGGAGAACGGUAUUUACCCGCUCUACCGGUUCGUGCGCAAGGAGCUUGGAACGGAGUACUUAACCGGGGAGAAGACAAGGUCUUCUGGUCAAGAGGUGGACAAGGUGUUUGUUGCCAUGAACAAGGGCAAGCACAUCAACCCACUGCUGGAGUGUCUCAAGGAGUGGAACGGUGAGCCCCUUCCGAUCCGCUGA